AUCAAUCAAAUUAAAUUCUUAAAUCAACUUAAAAUCUAUUCAAUAUAUUAACACAAAAAAAGCACACACUAAUUAAGCGAUUAAUUAAUAUCAACCAACUAAAAUAUUUAAAAUAAUAAUAUGAACUAUUCAAUUUAAUGGAAAAAUGCUACCCAAUUGCUGCGAGGCUUAAAGUUUGAAGGCCAAUUAAAUAAAAUACUUGGGAUUACGCCGCGCGCACAAACAAAUUGAGCAUAGCUAAAAUACACAGAGUGUUUGUCCAUUUGGCAUGGUUUCAGAGGAGAAUUGGAACAGCGACACCAUGUCCGACUCGGACAUGAUCGACUCAAAGAAUGAUGUGUGCGGCGGCGCGUCCAGCUCCAGCGGCAGCUCCAUAUCGCCACGCACGCCGCCGAACUGUGCGCGCUGUCGCAACCACGGGCUGAAGAUCACAUUAAAGGGCCACAAGCGGUACUGCAAGUACCGCUAUUGCACCUGCGACAAGUGCCGCCUGACCGCCGAUAGGCAGCGCGUGAUGGCGCUGCAGACGGCGCUCCGGCGCGCUCAGGCGCAGGACGAGCAGCGAUCGCUGCACAUGCACGAGGUGCCGCCGCCAGCGGGCGCCACAGCGGCCCUGCUCAGUCAUCAUGGGCAUCAUCAUCACGUGCACGCGCACGCCCACAGCCACGCCCAUGGGCAUCACGGACAUGGCCAUCAUGCACAUGUGUUGCACCACCAGCAGCAGCAGGCCGCAGCGACGGCAGUGACAGCUGCACCGCCGCCCCAGCCGCCAUCGCAUCUUGGAGCUGCUGCCCACAACGGCUCUGCGGGCAGUCUGCAUGGCCACGUCCAUGCGCACGCCCAUGUGCAUCACGCUCACAUUGCAAGCAGCGCCGUCGCCUCAGUGGUGCAACAACAGCAGGCGCACCACCAGCAGCAGCAACAUCAGCACCAGCAGCACCACCACCACAGCAACCACCAGCAGCCACAGCCGCAGCCGCAUCAGGCAUCGCUACGAUCUCCUUCACACAGCGAUCAUGGCGGCAGUGUGGGCGCAGCCACCAGCAGCUCCGGUGGCGCCAGCUCCAACAAUGUUGCAGCUGCCUCAAGCAACGGCACGGCCGGAGCAGGCGCCGGCAGCGGUGGUAUUAGCGUCAUAACCAGCGCUGAUCAGCACAUGUCCACGGUGCCAACACCCGCACAGUCCCUGGAGGGUUCGUGCGACUCAUCAUCGCCAUCGCCAUCGUCCACAUCGGGUAACGCCGUUCUGCCCAUCUCCGUGUCCAGCACACGCAAGAAUGUGCCACUGGCCACAAACACUGCAUAAAUUAUUCGGAACAGACCCCACGCACAGCGCAGAUCAAAAGUCCUGCGUUAAAAUAUUGAAAAUUGCAGCAGAGUUUGAUGCGAGGGUUGCUGCCACAAAUCAAUUGCCAGAUUGAAGGAGAGUCCUUUAAAGGACAAGGACGCCAUAUCAACUGAUUUAUAUCACAGUCGCAGCAAUUAACGCGAAUGUAAAGUGCGGCAAUAAAAGAACUGCGAAAAAGGAAACCAAACGAAACAGGAUAGAGCAGAAUGUAGUAAACAAAACAAACAAAUUAGAGUGCGAACGACUGUCAGAUACCCUUACUUCUAUACCAUAUUAAGACCCCACACUAUGGAAAUUUCAGUUGCAAAUAACUUUUGUGUUUAUUGUACGACAUUUAUAAAAUUUGCAGGAUUUGAAUUUUAAGGACUUUUGGCAGCACAUGAUACAAAAUAUACAUUUACCCCUCACAUACGUCUGCACAUUUACAUUAUACCCCGUUUGCGUUGGGUACAGGGUAUACAAAUCAACGUGGCCGUGCGAUAUAUAUUUUUGGUGCUUUUCAUUCUUAAUUUUAUGAGCGUCAAACUCAUGCUAUGCCAAAAUGUGGAAAACCUUUCGCACAAAUAAACAUAUGUAAGCAUGUUUGUUGUUAUUGUUUGUGGCAGUUGUUUUUGUUGUUGUUGUUGUAGAAGUUGAACGUCGUCAUCAACGUCAACGGUUUUGGGGCGCUCGUAAAAAGCGCAAAGGAACAUUUUACGAUGGCACAGUCUAGCAAGCAUUUGGCGUCUGUCUAUAAGACGAAUUACCGCUAAAUUCUCAGUCCGUCUCCGCCUCGUAGAGAGCCGUGUCUAAAAAACCCGCAAGUAGAAAAUGCUGCUGCCUUAGCCUCGAGGCAAUCGAAAUCAUGUAUGAAAUUAGUAAGUGAACAGUAGCUAGAAGUUGGCCCAAACACAUUAGCUUUGACCGUCGGCCACUUAAGCUGCAGCCAAUUGCCAAUUGGCCUUAAUGGCCGUCCCUGAGACAGAGACUCAAAUCUUAAUGUACACGGUAGAAAAUGUUGGCUCAAAUUCAAGUGCAUUUUGGUGUUAAUAACAAUUUCAAAAGUUGUUUGUAUUCAAUAAAAGUUGUUAUUAAAGAAAAAGGCCUGAUAAAAAUACAGAAUAAGUAAAACUACAUGAUGGGAAGCAGUAUAGUUAAGUUAUAAAAAGGAUAAGGGAUUCGAACUGGGGCUUUCUUGUUUUCCAGGCGAGCUCCAUUACACUAGACUACAAGUUCUUGUGCCCAACAUUGGGCCUAGCUUUGUAUGUGAAAUGAUUAGAGUGAAAAGGACAGAGUAUAUCAAAUUGAAGUUUUAAUUUUAAUCAGGGAGGAGCUGAGUUCAAAUCUUAUG